AUGAGCAAAAAGACUGUGGAUUCUGAUACUUCACCUGAUAAUAUGAAUUCAUCUAUCACCAAAUCCAAUCAUUCAUUAUCUGGUAAUACAAAGAUGUUCAUUCUUCCUCCAAAUGUAUUACAAAAUAUUUGUCUCAGUAAUAAUAUAGGGAAAGGUGGAAACAUAGUGUCUGCUUUAGAAUUUAUAAAAAAAGAUAGCACUAUCAGUACUAUUAAAAUACAAGAAAAUAAUGAUCUUGAGAUUUCUACAUCUAUUGGAAAUCCAAAUUCAAAUAUUGUAAUAAAACCAACCACAGUCAUAAAAGUUAAUAAAAAUAAUUCAGCAGCUGAUACUGAUAACAAAAGUAUAAAAAAUGCAACAGAAGUGCCUAAAAUUAAUACAAAUGACGAAAAGUUAGCAUCUAAAACAAAUCACACAAAACAAAUGCAGAAUCUUCACAGUAAUAUAAAGAGAGAAAAAAAUAGCAGAAAAGUAGACAUAAUAGAUGUUUCAGGAAAUCAGAAGACACUAAAAGAAAUAAAAUGUACUGCUGAAAAUUUAAAAAGUGAUCGAUCUACCUCAAGUGAUGUACCAAAGUCUCAAAGGGCAGACAUAAGAUCUGAACAAUGUAGUAAUGAAAAAUAUUUAAAUAAACCUUUAAAAAAGAAUAAAUAUGAAAUUGAUGGAAAUUCGUUUAGUAGGUCUAAACGUGUCCGUAAACAAACUAAAUUUGAUGAUUACAUUACAACAUAUAAAAAAGGAACUACAACUCCAGAAAAAAAAAGGAAGAGUACUGCUAAUAAAGAGUCAAAAACAGCAAUAAUUUCAAAGAACUCUUUAUCAGUUGAAACUAAUGCAAAUGAUAUUCUUAAUCAAUUAAAAUGUACAAAACAAGAGCUUCAAAAUAAAAAUGAUGAAAAAAAUGCAGCUACACAUGAUACACAUACUUCUUCUACCUGUAUCACACCAGCUGUAACAAAAAGUUCACUGCCUUUGAAUUCCAUUUCUGGAACUCAGCCUAGUAUUAAAAAUAAUGAAAAACCAUUUUAUGCAAGACAUUUGCAAGAUUGUAACAAUAUAAUAAAUAAUAAAAAUUUGGAAUGCAAAAAUACAACAGAUAUUGAGUUGAAUAGUAAGGGUUGUAAUGAAGUACAAAUGGAAUCAAUAAAUACCUCUGUACUUGAAUGUGCUACUAUAAAAGACAAGGAUUUAGAAACAUUUGUAGAACUAAAAAAGACAGAAACUUUAAAUGUUAAAAACAGAAGUAGUAAAAAUAGAAUUAAUUUGUCAUCUAUAACAUCAAACACUUUAUUAAAUGAAGAAAAUGUAAAUACAGAUUCAGUAAGUCACAGUGAUAAUAAUCAAACUUUGACAAGUACAUCAGUAGCAAAAAAGAGAGGAAGGCCUAAAAAAAUUAUGCCUACAUUGCAAGAAAUUCCAGAUAUUUCAAAUGAAUCAGAAGAAAAUUUAGAAGGUUUACAAAAAAUGAAUGAUGUUUCCAUUCCAGAAACAGUUGUUCAUACUAAAAGAUAUGGUGAACAAUCAUAUAAUAUUAAUAAUAAUGAUGGUUUAAAUGAUGAUAAUAGUACUGAAGGUAACAUUCCAAAUUCAAUUAUUGCUAGAAAAAAAGGUAGACCACCAAGUACCACAUCUGCAUGCAUAGCUACAGGCAGAGGAAGAGGAAGGGGCAGAGGUAGAGGUAGAGGUAGAGGUAGAGGUAGAGGUAAAGGCAGAGGUAGAGGAUCAUCUCAUUCUACAUUAGAUACUGAGUAUAUAUCAAAGGGACCAAUAACUACAGAAGAUGUUAGAAAAGAAAAUUCAGAUGAAAGUAGUACCACUGUUCAAGCAUCGGAAGUAGAUUUAGUAAGAUGUAUCAAAUGUGAAACAGAUAUAUUAAGGAGCAAGUGGAAUUCACAUAAUUUACUUAUACAUAAUAAUAUGAGUUGGAUAAAAGGUGAUGAACCUUUGAACUUUGAAAAUGAUAUUAAAUUAUGGAGAAAAGUCUUAAUGUCUGCUAUUAAACAAAAGAGGGGUCAAUUGUCUUGUGAAAAAUGUGGAACUGUAAAACGUAGUGCGAAUGGUUUUAUAUCUCAUAUGCAGUUCUGUGGAAAAUCAGAAGAGGAGAAGCAAGCUUUAAUGGUAAGUUGCCAUAUCUGUGGUGCUGUUAUGAUGCCAUCCUCUAUGGAAAUACAUGAAAGAACUCACAGGCAAUCAGAACAAAGUAAAAUAAUUGAAUUACAAUUAUAUACAGCAGAUAAUGAAAAAGUAAAACGUAAAGCUGCAGAAAAAGCAGUUUCAAAAAUUUUAGAAUUUACUGAGUUUGUUAAAGAUAACAAUCUACCUCCUGAAAAGAAAAUAAAACUUGACUCCUCUUUGAUGAAAAAUUUGAUUAAAACACCUGAACAUAAAAAACCUAUACCAUCUGUAUGGAAAGGUAUAUGGAAAAAAGAAUUGUCUACAGUGGGAACAAUAAAUUGUCGUCAAGUAGGUUGUACUUAUACAUGUACUUCUAUUGAAGAUAUGUGUAAACAUUUUUCUAACUGUAACUUCACUCCUCAAGAGUGUUACAUAUGUAAAAUAUGUAAAUUUUCAAGUAUCUCUAAUGAAGAUGUAAUAAAGCAUGUAACAGAAGAACAUUCGACAACAGAAGGAAUUGAUAGAUAUUCUGAUUUUGAAGAAGAAAAUUAUAGUUCGGAUGAAAAAGCAUCCUGCACAAUGAAAUUUUUGGAUAAGGAACAAUUUCAUAAAAUUCGAUGGACAGAACCAUAUCUGCCUGCUGUACAAUGGACUAUGGAAUUUGAACAAAAAAAUUAUGAAUUAUGUUUGUUUAAUGACUAUUCUCCAAAUCAAUUUACAUUAUUAAACAAUACCGAUACUCGUAAAUAUUUGCCAGAACUAGAAAUUUCCAUGCGAACAAAAAAAGAAAAUACAUCUGAAAAAACAGAUGAUACAGAAAUUUCAUGGAAGCAAUGGAAGCGAUUUGAAGGUGGUUUAGAUGAAGGUACUUCGAUCUUUUUUACUGGUGGUCCAGUAUGGGCAUUAGCUUGGUUACCUAUUCCUUCACCUAUGUAUUGUAAAGAACCUUGUCAAUAUAUCGCCAUUAGUACUCACCCAACAAUGGCAAGUGAAUAUACUAUAGGAAAAUCACACUCUGGCCAUAAUAUGAUACAAAUUUGGAACGUUGGGCCUUUGGAUCAUGAGACUAAUAGUAAAAAAGAAUCGCCUGUUUUGUCAUAUGUAAUUGUACACAAUAGUGGCACCAUAUGGUGUUUGGAAUGGUGUCCUUCUGGAUGUUAUCAAGAUGAAAGUCUGAAUAAUUAUAACAGAGAAAAUAAAACACCAUGUAGUCUUAAGCGAAUGGGUAUGCUUGCAGCAGCUUGCUCAGAUGGAAAUAUACAUAUUUAUUCAUUACCUUUCCCAGAGGAACUUAAAUUCAAAACAACUGUAGACAAUGAAUGGCCUAUAUAUUCCACUGAUCCGGUAAUAACAUUAGUUGUAAAUAUUUCAAUAUAUGAUAGUAAUGAUCAAAAUUGGCAAUGCACCAAACUGUCAUGGACAAAAGAACAUGGGCAUAAUACAAUUGCUGCAGGAUUUUCAAAUGGUUAUAUAGCUUUGUGGGACUUAACAUACAAAUCACCAUUAUCAAUACAAAAGAGACAGAACACAUACUUCAUAAAUGCAUUUCAGCACUUUUAUGCUCAUGGUAAUGCUGUGAGUAUGAUAGCAUUAAUUCCAUAUAAUGGAGAAAGAUUUCUAGCUUCUGGUAGCCUAGACAGAUCAUAUAAAUUUUGGAAUUUAGAAGACAUAAGUACUCCUCAAACUAGUAUGCAGAAAGCUAUUAUAGUAGAUGGUGCAUGGAUGACACAUUGGCCAUGUGCUGUCCUUAGUUUUGAUGAUGCUUUAGGAUACAAGCAUACUAAUUCUUAUUUGAUUUCGUUAAGAGAACACGAAUUCAAAUAUUACCCUAUCUUAGGAACAAAUUCUCCCACAUAUGCUUUAGCCGUUUCUGAUUAUGCAAAUAGCAUUGCACAUGGUACAUUAGCAGGAGAAGUGCAAACAGUAUUUGCACAUGAACUUAUACAUGGUAAAGCCAUAGAGAAAGCUUUACAGAAAAAAAGAAAGUUGAGUUCAUUUAUUAAAAUUGUUGAUUUCUUGGAAAAAGAAGAAGAUAAUAAAAAUGAUAAAAAACACAAAAAGAAUUCGAAAGAUUAUCAUUACAUGCCAGAAACCUACGACGAGUGCCAGAAUCGAUUCGGUGUUGUAUUUUGCGACAAUUUAAAAAACAUUGAACGAUAUGUACGCAAACGAUCGCUACACGCAGAGAAACUAUCAGAAGUUCCGAUUGAAGAAUAUCCAUUUAUGUCAGUGAACAAAAUAUCUUGGAAUCCAAAUGCAUGGAGUUAUUUAUGGAUGGUAGUUGGAUACCAAAAUGGUUUGGUAAGACUGUUAAACUUUAAAUACAUGUCUAUGUCACGUGAACUAAAAACGUUAUUGCCUCAACAUGUAAAAUUUAUGCUUACUAAAGCAAAGAUUACAACAAAAGGAUGUUGUUAAUAUGCAAGGAAAAAGCAGUCUUAAUUUAUACUA